AUGGAAAAUUUAACUAUGUCAUACUCUCGAUCUCGCUCUCGUUCACCGAUGACAUCAUUCCACCGUCAUGAUCGAUCACAUUCACCAUAUAAUAAUGAUAGUCAUGAAGAAAAUGGUUGUCGUGUACAUGUUGCGGAUCUUUCAAUAAAUUGUACAAAACGUGAAAUUGAAAAAGCAUUUGAUAAAUGGCCUUUAAUUGAAGUAUGGCAUGCAAAUGCAUCAUGUUUUGCUUUUGUUGUUUUACGUCAUCGUAAUGAUGGGCAACAAGCCAUCAACGAACUUGACGGACGAUAUAUUGGUGAUGCACGAGUUCGAGUUUCUUUAGCUCGACCACGUACACGUGGUGGUGGUGGUGGUGGUGGCGGACGAAGACAUUUUGAUCCAAAUAUGCGUUGUUAUCAAUGUGGUUUUCGAGGUCAUUUUAGUCGAGAUUGUGGUAAUGAUCAACGAAAUUAUAAAAAAAAUGGCAAUGGAUAUCGAUCUGGUCGUGAACGAUCAUAUUCUCGAUCUCGUUCUCGAUCACCUCGUCCUCGAGUUAUUCGAGAUUAUCGUCGUUAUAGUCCUCGUCGAACAUUACCAUCAUCUCAUUAUAAAUCUCGUGAUAAUCGAUCUGGUUAUUAUACGAGUCCACCUCGAAUAUGA